AUGGACUCUCUGCUAAUACUAGCUGUGUUGGUCGGACGCGAGGCCAACGAUGUGUAUCCCCUUUCUUUGAAGAAUAGGAGCGCUAAGCUAAUAAGUAAGUCCUCUAAACAGUCCCGUCCCGCCAUAAACAGCAACCCUUCUGACCCCUUUGCCCUUCCUGACGAGCAGUGGGAAACACCGGGGUUUGCAUAUUUCAACAACCAAUUCAUUUUACACCUCGCGUCUGCUGUCCAUAAUCCACUUCCAUCUCGCAAGCUUCUUUCUCCAGGCGUCACCUGUCCAGCUGUGCGGGGUGUGCAGGAAGAACAGAUUAUCCCAAUCACUGAUAUAUUCGACGAAGUCGGUUUGCAAGCUUUGGGUUACGAGACCGAUCCCCUACGGUGGUCUGAUGUGACAAACAACGUGAACUCCACCCGACGCGUUCGGUACUACAGAGAAAUCACUGAAUCGCCGGACUGUGUAAUUCAGGCUUCUGCAUCUACUGAGUCCUACUGGAAAUGGAGCGCCAUCCGAUUCACCCUUGAAGCUUUCAUUCUUCCAUUCACUUCGAGUCCAUGGCGUUCCGCGGCCCGUCAGUUCCAGCUUGCCCGUCCCCUCCAGAAGUGUGUUGACAGCAUCCUCCCGGAUGUCGUGCCACAUGCUAUAGCCAUGCAUUUACGCAUGUGGCCGUCUGAUCUAUCAUUUGGUCAAGACGAUGCAUGCCAUACAAACGAGGUCCCAGUCCUGAAGUACAUCUAUUCCAAAUGUGCCUGGACAGGAUCAUAUUUGUACCAGAAUAUUAUGCGUGUACAGAACAACGAUAAGCAGCCCGUCAUCAUUGCUACGGAUGACCGGCGGCAUUCUACAGUAUUGGAGCUAGUCCGACUACUCGGUCCGAGAGCCCAUUUCAUGGAGAUGACUCAAACAUGCAAGGCGGCUAUCCAAGACGCAUAUCCCCAUACAGAGACAGAGUGGCGGAUAGCAGCAUAUUGGCCGAUAAUCGAGGCUGCUACGAUGGUGCAAACGGAGAUAUUUGUGGGGUCGUUCUGGUCAACGUUUUCACAGCUCGUCGCGGUCCGUCGACACCAGACCGAACAAACGUUCUUCGUUCAGAAUCGCCUGCAGGAGCUUGCAUGGCAACGCCGAUGGCUGCUUAUCACGCUGUUCGCAGUAGGCAUAGUUCUGGGGUCAACUGGGAUUGUUCGUCGGUUAAAGAGACUAUUCUGCUCUGGUGCAGAGCCUACCUAA